CCAGCUAACACGGUAACGAUCUAAACCAUAACACAGACCAAGCUAGCGCCUGUACGGAAGAAUACUGACAACAAAACUUACAUCCCUCUAGGCUCCAGGACCUUUAAAUAGGCUCAUACUGACAGCAUCAUGGAGGAGGAAGAGGGCCCUGUAGAUGGCGAGAUGGAGACCCCCUAUGCUGCAGAGGCUUAUGCAGCUGAAGCCAUGGCUGCAGACAUGGACCCCUGGAUUGUGUUUGACUCCAGAAAAACUCCCAGAUCUGAGUUUGACAGUUGGUUGGAGAGCAACAGGCCCUCGCAGGUGUGCAGGUUUGGUGACGAGGAGGGCGGCGUUAGCCCCGUAGGGUGGAUUGCAGUGCUGGGCACAAACCACUGCCCCAGCAGCGGGGAUGUUGUUGGCCUCCAAGAGAGCUGGGAGAAACUUUUGGCCAGUGGUCGGCCCGUCACCUUUCAGACGGUGAAAGAGCUGGCCCUGAACCACGGCGUACUCUCAGGCAAAUGGCUCAUGCACUUGGACGCUGGCUUCAAGCUGGACCAUGCCUGGGAGUGCGUGGCCCGAGCAGCACUAGAUGGCAAGAUUUCCCUCGUUAAAGUCAGCCCCCAUGAUCCCAAGGGAGGGGGCAGGCAGGUGAUUUGUGCCUAUAACCAGAACUUCACUGAAGAGAAUGAGGUUAUCAGGCUGGACUCGGUUAUCCGUGCCACAGGCGUCAAAUGUCCUCUCUCUUACAAGCCUGAUGUGUACACAUACCUGGGAAUCUACCGAAACAACCGCUGGAAGAUCUGCCCAACAAUUUAUGAGAGCAAAUUCGACCUAGAGUGCGUCCCUAGGCGCUCCCACAUUAUCAACAAAGUUACUAAUCUUGAGGUAACAUAAGCCUGUUAGACUAGGAGGAAAGCUUUGAAGGACAGGUGACUGAGGCAGCUUUUUGUGAUGCCAUGAGCUGUGAUGUGCAGUGAAACUUAAUGACUGACAUGAUUUUGUCGGAGGUUGAAUUUUCACCACGAGUUCUUCCUUAUUUUUGCAACAAGAGCACUAAGUCUUCUCAUUCUGUGAUUAUUUCAAAGUGACCUGAGGUAAUGUCACGGUUUUUUUUUUUGGUUUUUUUUUUGUAUUCUUGAGGUUUUGACUUAAACAAACUAACACUUACCAGACGAACAGAUUGUCUGAAGAAAGCUUUGGUUUUUCAGCAUGGAGGGAAAUAUGCAUUGAAUGAAGAAUUUCUCUUUUACAGUUUACAUAUGUCUCAUUGUUUGGCUUUAUAUUUUUUUGGUUUGUACUAAAUCAAGACAACAGAAUUGCCAAAUAAAAUCUGCUUUUGAA